UGAAGUUGGCAGCCUCUGGUUUUACAGAUAGAGUGUUUAACUGAGAGUUCAUAGGUCAAUGAACAUAAGACAUGCAUCUACUCCAUAUAUUUGAUUACUGCCCACGAGAUUAGCAGGCUGGCUUGCGCAUCCAACCUACCGCUUGAUUUAAUCAAAGUAGCAAGACAGCUCUUGCAGCAGUCUUGCUGCUCCUCAAAAAAGGCUCGGACCAAUACAAGCUGCAGCAACAGCCAUGGCUUCAGCGAAGCAGAGCAAGAAGAUGCGCAUACUUCUGAUCCCAUUCUUCGCCACCAGCCACAUCGGGCCCUACAUCGACUUCGCCGUCCGUCUCGCGGCAGCCAGGCCAGGAGCCGUCGAGCCCACCGUCGCCGUGACCCCGGCCAAUGUUGCGGUGGUCCGGUCGGCGCUCGAGCGCCACGGCCCCGCGGCGAGCGGCACGGUCAGGAUCGUCACGUACCCGUUCCCGCGCGUGGAUGGCCUCGCUCCGGGCGUGGAGAACCUCUCCACCGCCGGAGACGACGCGUGGCGCAUCGACGCCGCCGCCAUCGACGAGGCCCUCUCGCGGCCGGCGCAGGAGGCGCUCCUCAGGGAGCGGUCCCCCGACGCCGUCGUGUCGGACUACCACUUCUUCUGGACCAGCAGCAUCGCCGCCGAGCUGGGCCUGCCGUGCGUCGUUUUCAGUGUCAUCGCCCCCUUCUCGGGUCUCGUCAUGCGCAUCCUCGCCGGCGCCGUCGUCUCUGGGUCGCGUGACGUUACCGUUCCCGGGUUGCCAGGGCCGGAGAUACGGAUCCCCGUCAGCGAGCUGCCGGAGUUCCUGAGACGCCCGGCGAAGGACCAAGGCACGUUCAGCCCCUGCAACGCGGCGCAGGCCAGGUGUUUGGGCGUCGCCUACAACACGUUCGCAGGCAUGGAGCAGGAGUACCGCGAGGCGAACGUGCGCGCCAAAUCCUUGAAGCGCUGCUACUUCGUCGGCCCCGUCUCACUGCCGCUGCCGGCGGCAGCGGCAGGCACCAGCGAGUCUCCAUGCAUCAGGUGGCUCGACUCCAGGCCAAGCUGCUCGGUGGUGUACGUGUGCUUCGGCACCUACGCCGCCAUCUCGGAGGACCAGCUCCGGGAGCUGGCGCUCGGCCUGGAGGCCUCAGGGGAGCCGUUCCUGUGGGUGGUGAGGGCCGACGGGUGGACGCCGCCGGAGGGCUGGGAGCAGCGCGUCGGGGAGAGGGGGAUGCUGGUGAGAGGGUGGGCUCCGCAGACGGCGGUGCUGGCCCAUCCAGCGGUGGGCGCGUUCCUGACGCACUGCGGGUCGAGCUCGUUGCUGGAGGCGGCGGCGGCCGGCGUGCCGAUGCUGACGUGGCCGCUGGUGUUCGACCAGUUCAUCGAGGAGAGGCUGGUGACGGACGUGCUCGGGAUCGGGGAGCGGGUCUGGAGUGGGGCGCGGAGCACGAGGUACGAGGAGAGGGAGCUCGUGCCGGCGGAGGCGGUGGCUCGGGCGGUGGCGAGGUUCUUGGAGCCAGGCGGGCCGGGGGAGGCGGCGAGGGGCAGGGCGCGGGAUCUCGCAGUGAAGGCCCACGCUGCCGUAGCGGAGGGCGGCUCGUCGUCCCGUGAUCUGCAUCGCCUCAUCGACGACCUGGUCGAAGCCAGAGCGGCAACGAGCAGCUGCAACGCUGACAGCGAGUAAGAGAUGGAAUUGCUGGAGAUGUCUCGAUCUGGCGAGCAACUGGAAGAAGGUCUCGAACAGCCUUCACGGACAAGUACGCCAUCUGCAACGUACGUACGUUCUCGGAGUCGAAGAAAACACUUAUGGAAAUAAUAUGGUACUGCACCACCUCGAUUUCUGU